AUGUCAGAUGAACUUGUUCAAUGGUUAAAAGAUCGAUUAGCAUCAACGUAUUUGAUCAAUAAUGAUUCAUAUUAUGAACAGGAUAUUUCAAUAAGGAUUUGGAAAUCAUUAUCAUCAUCAUCAUGUCCCAUAGGCUUAGCGCCCGUUGGGGCCAACCAUUUUUACGGGAUCAGAUUUUUCCACGCCUGUCGGUCUUGUGCGAGAUGGAACAGCUCUUGUCCACUGCGUUGACACCACUCUGUUAUGUCAUCCAGCCAUUCUCUGCGUGGACGCCCCCGGCGAGAUUUUCCUUCCAUGUUCGAAAAUAUUAUGGGUUUGAUUAAUCUCGUAUCAUCCAUUCUGCAGAUGUGGCCA